AUGAGGGUCCUCCUCGCUCUCCUAGGCGCCGCCAGCGCCUUCGUGGGGCCGGCCGCCGCGCCGCGACAACCGACGAAACUGAACGUCGUCGACGCCGCGCUCGCCGCGGCCCUGGCGUCGGCGCCCGUCGACGUCGCCAAGCUGAACAGCCGGCUCCCCACGACGACGCUCGCCAAGACGCGGACGAUCACGCGCGAGGGCUUGUACGGCGACUACACGGUGGAGAUCAUCGACGAGCCGAACCCUUUGGACGACGCCCGGUCGACGUUCAAAACUCGCGCGCAGACCAAGAAGGGCAAGAACAAGUACCUCGGGCUCUUCGUCGUGCUGCUCUUCGGCUCCUUCGUGAUCCCCAUGGCGCAGUACUUCUGGUACGUGCGCGACACGCCCGACUCGCUCUUCGCGAACGAGGAACCGCCGCCGCCGCCGCCCGCGCCCAAGAAGUUCUGGGAGCGGUAGGGGGUGUCGCGGUCUAACCGUUCUUCUGAGUCCUGUGCGCGGUCGUUCUUGGAGGUGGGACCCGCGCCGCGCCCAGAUGCCAGAGCUAGAAAUUUCCGUGCUCUUUAGCACUCCCCCGUCCCGCACGACUGCUCUUGGAGGCGCGAGCGGCCGCGAGCCGAGAGAUCCGGAGCACAGCGAGUUGUUGCGUGUCCCAGGUGCUACCAAGCUAACUCCACAAUGAGCAAAGCUGCACGCAUUGCCAUGCAAGGACAGUGUCCCAGGACGCGUUAUUUCGCAGUUGCACAAAUUUCAAGGCUGUACGAUGCUCCUGCCUCGAGCACCAAAGGUGUAGCCAAACCCACUGCACAAAGCGCAGCCACGCGCGGCUUGCCCGGAAGCGCUCGCGCGGCGGCCGCCGCGCGGCCGCCGGCGCGCCGCGCGCGCACGCCGGCGCACGGGCAAAAAAUCAGACUGGCCGGCGCGCGCGACGCGUUACACCCAGAGGAAGAGCAAGACCAGGGUUCUUGCAGAACCAGAACUCUAGAGGAAUCUAGAGGUCAAGUUCGGGUAUAAGACCCUCCUUGGUAACAAAAAAAAACACACAGGUCCGUGUCGCUGCUGCUGCGCCCGGCGGCCUGCUUCGCGCGCGCCGCGCGCGGCGCCGCGCGCGCCGCGCGCCUCGCCUCGACGACCGUCGUCGAGGGCGCCGAGGGCACCGAGAGCUACCGCCAGUUCUUCGAGGAGGGCGGCAAGCGCAUCUCGCCCUGGCACGACAUCCCGCUCGAGGCCGGCGGCGGCGCCUACAACAUGGUCACCGAGAUCCCGAAGUACGGCCUGGCCAAGAUGGAGGUCGACACGAAGGGCGAGUCCAACCCCAUCAUGCAGGACACGAAGAAGGGCAAGCUCCGCUUCUACCACGGCCCCAUCUUCUGGAACUAUGGGUGUUUGCCUGUGCACAAAUCAACCACACCGCCACGCCGUCGAGCAGGCGUCGCUUCGAUGGCGUGGAGGUCGACGGAACGCGCCGUGACAUUUUGAUCCAUGCACAGGUGCCUGCCCCAGACGUGGGAGAACCCGAACGAGAAGCACCCCGAGCUCGGCUGCUUCGGCGACGACGACCCGAUCGACGUGGUCGAGAUCGGCUCCUCCGCCUUAGAAGCGGGCUCGGUCACGCCGGUGAAGCCUCUCGGCGUCCUCGCGAUGAUCGACGACGGCGAGCUCGACUGGAAGGUCAUCGCGGUGGCCACGUCCGACCCGCUCGCGUCGAAGCUGAACGACAUUGAUGAUGUGGAGAAGGAGUGCCCCGGCUACGUCUCGGGCAUCCGCGAGUGGUUCCGGUGGUACAAGACGCCCGACGACAAGCCGCUCAACGCCUUCGGCUUCGACGAGGCCGCGCUGCCGAAGGCCAAGACCGUCGAGGUCAUCGCCGAGACGCACGCCGCCUGGAAGGGCCUCCGCGACGGCUCCAUCGACGCGGGCAAGCUCUGGACGGGCAAGUAGAUGUGCCUCUUUUUAAGACUCGAGACCGUU